GUUUAUAAACACCAAGAGACUCUGUAUAUAUAAAAUUACGAAGAUGAGAGAGAAAUGGGAAAUGAAAAGAGAUGAUAUGGGACAUCGAUGCUGCGGGAAACACAAAGUGAAAAGAGGGCUCUGGUCUCCAGAGGAAGACGAGAAGCUUCUUCGUUAUAUCACCACUCAUGGGCAUCCUAGUUGGAGUUCCGUUCCAAAGCUAGCCGGGUUGCAAAGAUGUGGGAAGAGUUGUAGAUUAAGGUGGAUAAACUAUCUGAGGCCUGAUCUGAAGAGAGGCUCGUUUAACGAAGAGGAAGAGCAAAUCAUAAUCGAUGUCCAUCGAAUUCUAGGUAACAAAUGGGCUCAGAUUGCAAAGCACUUACCUGGACGCACUGAUAAUGAAGUCAAGAACUUUUGGAACUCAUGCAUUAAGAAGAAACUUCUUUCCCAAGGCUUAGACCCUUCUACGCAUAAUCUUAUGCCUUCACAUAAAAGAUCUUCUUCUUCCUCUUUUUCUAAUAAUAAUAUUUCCAAGUCAAGAAAGACUACAUCCAUCAUGAAGAACCCUACUGAUCUUGAUCAAACAACAACUGCUUUUUCAAUCACAAACAUCAAUCCUCCCACGACCACUAAACCAAACAGACUUAAAUCUCCUGUUCUGACUUUAAUCCCUUCCCAAACCAUGAUCCCUACCAACGAUACCAUGUCGAGUCUUUUGGAGGAUGAGAAUAUGAUUCCAAACUGGUCAAAUGUUGAUGAAAUGGCGAUCCACCACGAAGCUCCAAUGUUGUCGGGUGAUAAGUCAGUAGUAGGAGUUGAUGAUGAUGAUCUCAACAUGGAUGUUUUGUUUAGUACUCCUUCUUCUUCUGCUUUUGAUCCUGAUUUUGCUUCCAUUUUCUCCUCUGCAAUGUCUAUCGAUUUCAACCCCUUGGAUGAUCUUGGCUGGACCUUUUAGCUUAAUUACACUACAAUAUUUUUCAUUUUCUCAAGUGUAUAUAUUAUAUAUAAGUAUAUGAAUAAUUGCCACUUUCUCCUUUUCACUAGUUUUGAAAGGAUGAGAAUUUUUCCAAAUCAGUGUAUCAUUUUUCUCCUCAUUAAUGUAAGAGUAGACUUUUGUUA